AUGGAAAAAUUUGGUAUUGCUAUUAUUGUAUUUACCGCCUUUUGGGGUUUAAUUGGAGUUGUUUUACCAUUUCUUAUUCCCAAAGGACCUAAUAAACGUCUUAUUCAAAUCAUGCUAGUUUUAACAUCGGCUUGUUGUUAUCUAUUUUGGUUAUGCUUUUAUCUUCAUCAAUGGAAACCAUUAUUCGGACCACAAUUGUCAAGUACUGAUGCUCGAAUUUUACGUUCUCUCUGGGAUUUUACUUGUUUUACACCCUGUAAAAAUCGAAAGAUGAAUGUUAAUAUUAGUGGUCCUAAAUUUGUCACUUUCGCUCUAUCACGAGAACAUGGUUUUGCAGCUGGUGUAGCAGUAUCAUCAUGGUUUGUUUUACAAUAUAUGGGUGUUAAUGUAAUGAAAGCUCGUAAACGAUUUAAUGUAGAAUAUCCAAAACUUUACUCCAAUGAUUCAGAUCCUCAAGGCAAAAAAUUUAAUUGCAUACAACGUGGACAUCAAAAUACAUUAGAAGUUUAUCCUGAAUUUCUUCUCAUGUUGGGUUUAGGUUCAAUAAGAUAUCCAGUCAUUUCAUCAAUUGGCGGUGUUAUUUGGUUAGUUGGACGAAUAGUCUUUUUUCAAGGUUAUUCAACGGGUCAACCUGAAAAACGUCGUUAUGGUUCAUUUGGUUAUUUUGGAUUGUUUACAAUGAUGGGUUGUGCUAUCAAAUCAAUCUAUGAUUUAAUUAGAGCUUAA